CUCAAACCACGCAUCCCCAUUAACCUGAAGAUUAAAAUCACUGCCCGGCAGUCCAGCGAGCCACGCACCUGCUGUUUCGCCACUUAUCCCAAGAAUGGUCUCCCGCUCCCAACCCAAGGCGACCCGCGCCGCUGCCCCCUCGCGGCGGCGGCUGCUAACGGGCGGCUGGCGUGCACUCCAGCUGGCAGCCGUCAUGCUUGUUGCAGGCAUUGCCGCCAGCGCGGUGCUCGCGCAGCAGCUACCCCCCGCCGACCCGGCCAUGCCUACCGACGCCGUCGCCACCACCACGCUGCCCUCAGCACAGCCCGCGGCCGCAACUGACAUCCCCACCGCCGUCGGCACCACCGCAAUCCCCACCGCGGCCCCGGCCAAGCCCGCUGCAGCUGCCAAGCCUGCUGCUACUGCCAAGCCCGGCGCAGCGCCCGGUGCUGCAGCUGCAGCCAUGCCCGCCCCCGGCGGUCGCCUGCCAGCGGCCACUGCUUCCACCAUCCCCGCUUCCGUUGCGGCUGCCAUGCCCAAGGCCAUGCCCAAGGCGGCUGCGACGGCGACACCCAAGCCGGCGGCCGCCCGCCCCGUCACUGUGCCCACUGCUGCUGCCGGCGUCGCUGGUGGCCUACCCUCUGCCAUCCCGGCUGCCAUGCCCAAGGCCGCCGUUGCCACCGCGCUCCCCACCGCCGACGACGACGUGACGACCCCGUCAAAGUCCGCUGAUUCUGCUGCUGGCGCCUCGGCCGCCACGGCGGACAUCGAUGCCCCCACCACCGUUGCCGUUGACGCCCCCUCGCUGGAGGUCCGCCUGGCCACAUGCACCGACGUGGCGCCCGGCACGCGGCACACGUGCGAACAGCAGCGCAUGUUCGGCAAGUGCGAUGCCGAGUACAUGGUCCGGUAUGCUUACUGCUCCCAGACGUGCGGCCGUGCGCCCUGCAAGACUUGUGACGAUGUGCCUCCCACCUCCGAGUACAACUGCACGCAGCAGCGGGAUUUCGGCAAGUGCUGGGAGAGCUGGAUGGUGGACGGCGGCUACUGCUCCCGUGCCUGCGGCCGCGCGCCCUGCCCGCCCACCCAGGACGCAAUGGAGGACUUCGCCGUCAAGUACUCCAAGCAGCAGCCCGGCAGCACCGGCAGCGGCUCCACUGCUGGUUCAGCAACCGGCAGCAGCGGGACCACCAAGACGAGUGCUGUGCCCCUGGCUCCGUCUGUGAACAAGACCGGACCCAGCAGCAGCAACGCCAUCAGUGGCAGCAGCAACGGCAGCGGCGGCAGCAGCGGGCCUGCUCCCAAGGAGGGUGAGGACUUCAUUGACCUGCCCCAGAAGAAGUAGACUUCACGAGUAGACAAGACAGUCCUUGUAAGGGCCUUGCCUCGCAUGGCGAUGAUGCAUUUGGGUUUCAACUGUGCGGUGGCGACGGUGUGAAACAAUGAGGCAUUCGAACGUGGGUAGACUCAUGGUGGGCUGCGUGCUGAGACCGCAUUAACUGGACUUUGACUGUGAGCGCCAAACAACGGCAGAAGUCGACAUCGUAGGCCUAAGGAAGGGCUAAUAAUGCGGCGACGACGUGUCACGGAAGCCUGAGACCGCGUUGCCGGAGCAGACUUGUAACGCAUUUUGCGA